AUGAUUUCCUAAUCAGAAGUAGAAUCAAUCAAUAGGUAUUUGUUGGAAGCAACUGGGACAUUAGACAAUAUAUAGAGGACGUUCAUUAAGAAGUUUGAAUCAGAACCUAAUCCAUAUCCUUAUUUUUAUUAAGGAUUAUGUGAUAAUAUAUUCACAAAAGGAUUAAGACUGCUCACUAUCUAUUUGCUGUACAAUUCGGAAUUGAAAUCAUGUCUAUAAGACAUUUACAACUUUACAUUAAACGAUUUUGAGAGAAAGUUUAUUUAAGACCCUCAAAUUUAUGCUGGCAUUACAAUGAAGACCUUGCUUGAAGAAUAAGAUAAAUUUACAUCUAAUGAUAGGCCAAUCUCCAAAGACUAUUCAUAAAGUUAAAUUGCUCAGAAUAAAAUGAGAAAUUUAAAUAUUUCUCUAAUAUUUAGAAAAUUAAGACAAAACUCUAAUAAUGAUAUCAUACAAUAACAAAAUGGAUUUGAAAUUGAGUAUCUUCGACCUAUUCCAAAUGUGGUCUCAAAUAGAUUUGAUUGGAUUGAUUUAAAUGAUAUGUCUUAUGCGAUUUGGGAUUAUUCAUUGCAAAUAAACUCUGAUAAAUUGAGUCAAAUUAAAGAAAUAAUCUAGAAGGCACAUAAUGAAUAGAUCUCAGAAUAUGAAUUGCAAUUAUUUUAAGAAUAUCUAAAGAAAGACAAUUACAAUUUUUUGAAGAAUAACGGUUUGAUUAAUUUCAAUCUAGGGGAAAUAAUUGAGAAAAACUUAAAUUUGGCAUUUUUUUUGUUUUCUAAAUACUUUCCUAAUCCAGAAUUUCUAGAACUAAUGGAUAACUUAGUUUAAAUUGAUGUAACUCCUAAUGGUUUAGAAAUGAUGUGCAUGAUCGUUUAAUAAUUUCAUAUCCCCUAGGAGUAUUUAAAUUAUUAUAUUAACUACUGUAUUCAAUUUUGCUAGAACAUCAAAGAAAAAGGCUAACAAGUGAGAAUGAUUAAGUAUUUUACCAUAUUUCUGAAGCAUUUGAUUAACAAGAAACUCUAUAAGACCUCAGACUUAGUCACAGAACUUUAAGCAUUUUCAAUAGAAUUUUCAAAUAUAGGGGAAACUUCAAGUCUGUUCAAAUUAAUAAAGAGUGAUUUAUCAUUAUGA